AUGGCUCUGAAAGUCUUAAAUGUCACAAUCAGUGCUGCUAAAAAAGUGAAAAUUGAGAUUAAAAAGAUAAAGCUGAAUAUUGAAAAGACAAAGCUUGAGCUCAAAAAGAAGAAAGUUACUGUUGAGAAGAAGAAAGUCAUCAUUGAGAAGAAGAAAGUUAUCACUGAGAAGAUUAAAUUGAAAAUCAAGAGAAGCAGGCUUGCAGUACAGCAUGAGAUUUUAAUGAUAAAGUGUGAUGAGAAAUCUGAUAACAGUGACAAUUCUCUUCCUGCCUCUGCUACUGAUAUCAAUACUGAUGCUGAUGCUGAUGCCUCUGCUGCUGCUGCUGAUCUUUCUCUUUUCUUCUUCUCUGAUGUUCUGACUUCAUUUGAUUCUCUGACUAUAAGCAGCUCUGAAACUCUCAACAUUCUCAGUCAAAAUGGAAGUUAG